AUGCCUGUGGUACGGUUGUUCUGCCUGUUCACUACGGUAGCUCUGUUCAUGGAUUUUGUCUACCAGUUGACGUUUUUCUCCGCUAUGAUGAGCUUCAUCGUUCGUCGACAGAUCAAUCUUGACGAGAAAGCCAGAGAUCGAAAAAUUCAGGACGGAAACCCGUCGAUCACUUCAAUAGACGACCAUAUGAAAGCGAAGCUGGGCGAGACCAUGGUGUUCUCGAUCAUGCUUCCCUCGUUCACAUCACCCGUUCGAGAGAUUAAGCCCAAAAAGAGUCGUCUUGAGGUCUUCGUCGAUUUUCUUCAGACAAAAACCGCUAAAGCACUAGUGAUGUUCAUCUUCUUCGCUCACGUUGGGGUAAGCACUUACCUGGCCACUGAGGUAAGCACCGACUUCAACAUGGAGAAUCUCUACCUCGAAGGAUCGCCUCUGACAGAAAUUUCGCGACAAAUGCAGGACUUCGUUCUGAGGGAAUCGUUCGUCGUGAGCUUCGCCGUCAGACCGAUGCCCGACUUCUCUGAUGAAAACAUUCGCGAACGAUUCAACGAAAUGGUCGAGAAACUCGAAACUCUACCGAAAUACGGCUGGGGACCUGAAGCGACCGGAUUUUGGCUUAGAGAUUACAAUAGAAAAAUUCAAUUCUGGGAGGAGGAAGAAGAUUUCUGGUCACCGGAAGUCCUUCUGGGGGGGAAAAACAAAGACGGUGUAGAAGUGAUGGAUGGUUUCUACUUCAUGAUCGACUACCGCAACAUGAAUUCAUUUUUGCAUGUGCAGGAGUUCAUGCGUAUGCGGCGUGAUCUCCUUGCCAGCUACCCGUCCUUCCACGUGCUUUCCCAUCAUCCGUUCGAAAAAGUGCCAACAGAAAGUGCUGCCAGUGCUCCGAAGAACUUCCUCCAGACUGCUGUGUCAGCAGUGAUCUUGAUGUCCAUACUGGUGCUCCUCUUCGUGAUGAAUUGGGAAGCGAUCAUCUCUGUGGUUGUGUCGAUUUGCCUAGGCAUCGUCGCGUAUCUACACUUGUGGGGAGUCUGUCUGGAUGCUGUGUCAUUGAUCAGUAUUCUGAUGUCAGUUGGAUUCUCAGUUGACUACUCAGCCCAUGUCUGUUACCACUACUUCGCUCACGCUGCUGAGGACGAUCACCAUAAGGACGAAGCGGAUUCGGUCGAAUCUGGUAGCAGCGGCAGUAGUCAAUCAAUCAAUAAACCGUUGAGAAAAUCAGCAAAAGAUCGAUCGUCGAAGCGAUUGCUUGCCACAUUCCAUGGAGUCGUCCCAUUGGGACUGUAA